AUGUUCAGCCCGCGCGCGAUGUUUCAAGAUGGUGGGGCGGCUCUCGCCGAGCAAGGGAAGUGCAAGGCGGUGUGCCCCGAGUCGGGCGGGCUCAGCUCGGCCCCCACGCGAUGCCCCACGGCAGAGCUGUGCGCCUUUGGCGACGACCAGGAUGCCGACGCGUUCGAGGAGAUUUUGGGCGCCACCGCCUCGCCGAAGGACGGCGACGAGCCCGCGCUGCUCGAGGCGGUGCUCCGCCAGACGGCCGCACUCGGAGACGGGCACCCCGGGAGGGGGCCUGCGAUGCUGGCGCCGAGGGGGGCUCCUGCGCGAGUCGCAGCGCCACCGAGGGGUGCCCCCGGGCGCCUCCGGUCCGUGGCGUACUGGGAGCAGAGGGCCGCCGCCGCCCGGCAGACGGUGGGCUCGCCCUGGGAGCUUGGCGUGAGGCAGCGCCGCCCGCGCCACGAGGAGGACCGCCUCGGUUUGGGGGCGGCUCCGAGGGCUCCGGCAGGAGGCGCCGGAAACGAAGGUGCCGCUGACAGCCCCAGCAGCUGGGCGGGCGCUGUCUCCAGGGAGUUGCGCCGUGGGGCGCGCUGGCAGUCGGCGCCGCCAGCCCCGCCGCCAGGGUCGCCCUCGGCAGCACUCGGGGCCGCUCUGAGGUCGCGUGGUCGGUCGUACUACCCGGCUGGGAGCCGCUAG